AUGAAUUCCCCUAAACAUAGUACGGAAUACAUAUCUGCUAUUAAUGUUAAACAAACCAGCGAUGAAGUAUACAAAUUCAAUUUCAGCACAAACGACGGGAAAAAAAACUCCUGGUGGUAUAUAUUCUGCCUGAAAUGCCGUCAGAAGGAAGUGGGACCAGGAUGGGAGCCGGGAUGUUGGCCAAAGACUUGCCCACAUCCUUACUGCCCUUCGUUCCGGCACGUGGCCCGGAUCCUGGCGCUACUCGUCACCGUUACGCUGUGCUGGGGUGUGGUGAUGGCCGUGAUGGGUUCGACCGCUAAACCGGGCGGCCAGUUGUUCAGCAUCGCCGUGCUAGUGGUGUUUGCUUACCUGGGCGGAUGGGUGUUUCGCAUGCUCACCUUGCCCGCACUCGUUGGUAUGCUUCUGGUCGGAAUUAUCUAUAAGAACGUCGGCCUCAUCGAAAUAGAUAACCAAUACAAGGACUUCGUGUCAAUCUUGAGAAAAAUAGCGUUAGUGGUAAUAUUUACGAGAGCGGGUUUGGACUUGGACCCAGUAGCGUUGAAAAAAUUAUACUGUAGAGUGUUGUUCCUUGCUCUCAUUCCGUGGUGUACCGAAGCAGCCGUAAUCGCGGUGACUGUUCACUAUCUAUUGAGUUUACCUUGGAAAUUCGCUAUACUUUGCGGAUCGAUUAUCGCUGCCGUGGCUCCAGCUGUAGUAGUCCCUUGCCUAUUUCGUUUGCGAACGAAGGGUUACGGUGUGGCCAAAGGGAUCCCGACGUUGAUCAUAGCAGUCGCUGGGAUUGAUGACGCCGCAUCCGUCAUAGCUUUUGGAGUUGGCACCAGCAUGAUUUUUGGAAAAAAUUCAGUUAGUUAUAAUUUAAUGUUAAGUCCAGUAUCAAUAGCAGUUGGGAUAUUGUACGGUGUAGUUUGGGGUUACAUUGUUAAAUAUGUUCCAGAACGAACUGAUCCUUACGUGGUACCACUGCGCAUUUUAAUGUUGACUGGAGGUGGAUUAUUAGCUGUAUUGGGUUUUGAAGGUGCACAUUUGGAAGGCGCAGGUCCAUUAGCUGUGAUCAUCUCAUCGUUCACAUCAAUUUAUUUUUGGACUAAACAAGGGUGGAAUAUUGAAGAUAACCCAGUGGCCACGGCUUUUGAAAUAUUUUGGAUGAUUUUCGAACCAAUACUGUUUGGAUUGACAGGCACACAAAUUAUACUCAAUCAACUUGACCUGGCAUUCGUAACGGCAAUUGUUAUGUGUGUCGCCAUCGCUUUUGUGUCACGGAUUUUAAUAACGAUCAUAACAGCGUCUGGGAGUUCUCUGAAUUUUAAAGAAAAACUGUUUAUCUCAUUAUCGUGGAUGGCCAAAGCAUCUGUUCAAGCCGCUCUGGGUCCGGCCGUACUGGAGAUUGCCAAGGAAGAUCAAGACAGAGAAUACUCCCAGACGAUCGUGAUGGUGUGCAUCAUCUCCAUCCUGUUAACUGCCCCUGCGGGUGCGAUCAUCGUCUCUCUGUCCGGCCCCAAGCUGCUGACCAAGGCCAAGCCCAGCAACGAACAGUGGCGCCGUGGGCCCAGACCUUCGAUCCGAGAUAUCACGCUGAACAGCGAGGACGAGGAUAACGGCACCAGCGUAAGCAACGAUCGGGCUCAGGAGUGCGACGGGGUGAAAACGGACUGCACGGCCGAGAUCCAGAGCGAAAAGAUUUGA